UUUCCUCUAUUUUGUUAACAGGUAACGCAUCGUAUAAAAUACGAUGUAAAAUUGGCAACAUGGUGUAACGUCUACCUCAUAGUACAUUUUGCUGCCGUGCUCGUGGGGUUUCAGGAAUUGAUGCUUAGGCAUAUGAGCAUGAGCCCGGCAGCAGUUUUCUGCUCAGUAAUCUACAUUUUAGUUUCGCUCACUGUGAUUGGUCUAAUGUUCGAGGACCACCCUAGAGCGGCCAUCUUUGAACUGAUCCGCUGCAUAGCUCUGGCCGCCAUCUUGCCGAGCUACGGCGGCGGUCACCCAUCCAGCAGCGGUCCCAACUUCCUGUUGCUGCGCUGCUUCUUUGUGCUUUCGGCAGUCUUCUGGUCGUUACAUUGUCUCAAAGUGCUGCAAAUCAGAGUCAAAACUAAAUCGUUGUAAGACUGAAAACUUUGAGGAGUUUUAUGAUAUUCAAUAUUUAUUGAAGCAGUAUUGUGUCGUGUGGAAUUGGGUGAAAGAAUUAUUGGAUAAUUGUCUCCAUUAAGGGCGGAGUUAGGACUGUAGGUCCUCUCUGCCACACAGCUAUAUAGCUCUGCUACAUGUUCAAGAAGUGACACUGGAAAUAUGCUGUAUAGCCCGGCUAUAUAGCAUUUUUAAGACUAUUUUUUCAUCUAUAUAGCAGAAAAUGAGCUAUCCAAAAUUUUCGGUAGACAUCAAAGAGAAUCUGAGCUAAAUGUAGCUCUGCUACAUGUCAAUUUUUGUUUAUAGCAGAGCUGGAUGUAGCUGCUCUGUCCUUGAAGGAAGGCUGCCGCAGCUGUUUACUGCUGUUUAGUGCCUGCUGGGUUUAUACCAGCUAUUAUACUGUUCUCAUUUGUUGUCAGAGUGCUAGUAGGUUACUGCGCAUUGCGAGCAUUUCUUUUUGAUUUAAAUAUUAUUGUGCAAUGAUGGAGAGUGAAUUUGACUGGAAUAGAGACAAAAUUAUCCAAUAUCUUCUUUUUCUUCUUUGUGCUGAAAAUAUCACAGUAGCUGCGGCGAAAGCAGAGGCUGCUGCAAGAGCUACCUUCUUCUUCGGCAUCUGGCUGAGCAGUGAAUACUGGUUUAUUCCAAACUAUAAUAUAGCUCUGCUACGAGUAAUGGCAUAAAAAUUGCAGCACAGAGAAGUAAAAGAAGCAAUUGGAUAAUUUUGUCUCUAUUUCAGUCAAAUUCACUCUCCAUCAUUGCACAAUAAUAUAUAAAUCAAAAAGAAAUGGUCGCAAUGCGCAGUAACCUACUAGCACUCUGACAACAAAUGAGUACAGUAUAAUUAUCUGGUGUGAACCCAGCCGGCACUAAACAGCUGCAAACAGCAGUAAACAACUGCGGCAGCUUUCCUUCAAGGACAGAGCAGCUACAUCUAGCUCUACUAUAAACAAAAAUUGACAUGUAGCAGUGCUACAUAUAGCUCUGCUACAUAAAAUUAGCGUUAAAUCUACUUACAGCAGAGCCACAUCUAGCAGAGCUAUAUGUAGCUCAAAAUUUAUAUAGCACUUCAGCUACAUAGUGUAAACGUAGCUUAAGAAUGAGAAUCAUUAAAACAAUAAGUUUCUACAUCAAUAUUAUUACUGUCAAUACACAUGUAAAAAAGAGGCAAACAGCAUACCUGUGAACACUGAUUUUAAUUAGUAAUUUUGAUAGGUCUCUAACAUCAAUAUUAUUUCUGUCAACACACAUGUAAAUGAGUAGAAAACAGCCUAACUGUAAACACUGAUUUUAAUUAUACUCAAUAUUUAAUAAAAAAACAAAUAUAUUGUCAAAUUACUCUAUAAUAUUUGUCAGAAACGUUAAAACUGUAUCAUGGUUUCACGUUUACCAACGCAUCAUCAACGAUACUGUUUUUAAUAAAUAUUUAUAGAGAAAUUUUACAAUAUCUUUGUUUUCUUAUUAUGGACAGAUUUCACAUCAUCACCAUCAAUUUUACUAAUCUCAAUAUUUAUUCAUAGUCUGUAUAAAAUAAAUUGAUACUUGGAGAAAAUAUCAGUGUUGCCAAAUUAUACGAAAUUUGAAAUUUUCAUGGAAGCCAAUAUUAGAGGAUGUAUUCAACUUGUCAAUGCAGAGUGGUCAAUUUAAUAAUAUGUCAAGUCAUGUAAUAUUAUACAACACAGUCGAUGCAGACUUGUCAAUUUGAGUAUCCUAUACCAUUAAACGAGCAAUUUC